AUGGAGACAGUGCAACGGUAUCAAGUCCUCUCACCUUCAACGACGAGACUUCGACGUCUACCAGUACUGGGUUUGUGCUGUUUGGGUCUGCUUGGUUUACUAUUUGUAGGCGUAAUAGUGAUCGCUGUGUUUUCACAAAAACGUGAUAUUAAUGGUCAUCAACACGAAAGUGGUAUUAUUCAAAUAAUUUACAAUUUACCAGCAUUCAAUGAGUCAUUGAUGAUUAGUGGGCAAGUACCGCAAUCAAGAUAUGAAGUGUUGCAAAAUAUACUGCAACGACAGUUGAAUAAUGCAACGGGCGGCCGUCGAGCACAACAAAUAAAAAUUAAAGUGAUCAAUGUAUUCGUAAGACAACCGCAAAAUAUUGGAAAAAAGGUGAGUGAGUAUCAUCGUAUUAACGGAAGUUAGCAGCAGAUUUCUAUAUUUUUUCUUAAAGCUGUGCCAUCUCUAGAAAUAAGUGCGCCAGUAGAAUACGAUGAGCUCUAUCAAGUGGCAACAUCAGUUUUCGUGAAUUUUGAUAGAACUCGAUGAGCUCUAUCGAUUGGUGGAAUGAGUUUUGUAAGAGAUUGUUUCCUUCACUUUCCUUCUUUCUUUUGUUUUCAAAAUUUCUGACUUAUAUGGUCUGGGACAGAGGAUAUUACAAAGUUUUUGCCGGAGUCCAUGUUCAGAUAGUUGAAUCGUUUCCUAACAGACUCUGUGGUUACGAGAACUUCGCGAUAAUUCAGCCAGAAAGCCAGACUUACAAAAACAAAGCAUACGGGGCUUGAAAUAUGCAUUUUCUCACGUAAAGUGAACCUCACUGUAACGCUAAGGUGAUGCUUAUGUUUGUUCGGCAUUGGAAAAUUUUUUUUCUACUGUAGACAAAGUUUCAUCCAGAGUUUGAAUAUCGACUGCGAUGCGAUACUCAGUCGACCAGUAGCGAUUGACGAGGAUGACUUUACCUGAAUAUUUCACUGCAUGUCUUUUCGGCGGUAUAAUCAAAUCUUUCCGCGAACAUCAUCAUUUUUUUCGUUGUUGAACUUUACUUAAAAAAAAUCGAAUUUAUAUCCCGGUUGGGAUAUAUUUUGAUGUAAAAUGGGAUGUAUCUAGAGCAUGAGACUCUACUGCCAUCUCACAAAACAUCAUGGACUUAUGUAAAAGUGGACUUUUACGUGGAAUGGCGGUGGAGUAGAAGAAAAACACCAGAGACAGUGCACACCAUAGCCAAUAGGUGCGCACCAAGAUUGAACCAAGAUCAGGAAAAACGUUUUUUCUAGUUAACGUAACUAAGGAUAUUAGUAAGACGACUAGUGAAACUAAACAAUGAAAUCUAAAUGCUAGAUAUGUAUUGAAUCAACAGAAAAAACUAUGAGGAGUGUUUUUUGUUGACUCUUGAGAGAUUUUCACAUAUGUACUUAAUCUGAGUUGACUAGAGUGAAAUAUCCAAAAACAUUUCUAUAUCACUUUCGUCGGUCUAUUUUAAUGGAAAGAAAAGACUAAACAGGGGCCCAUGAGGUUCUUUUGGCUUGAUCGUUAUCGGUAACGGGCCGAUCGGACCAUCACACUCAUGUCGAUUCAAACAAAAUUGCAAUUAAUCGUCAUGUCACAUAACCGUCUCGAUCAGCGCAGCAUUUUACUAAGAUCGUGAUUAAAUGCUCACCCAACAAACAAAGGACUAGCCGAUCGUUGAUCAUUCAUUAAGUUUGAGCCUCAACUGACCGCGAUCAGUAUUUUUAUCAGUUGCUCGAGACUAAAAUUCAGAUCGAGUUUGACUGGGGCUGAGAUUUCUAUUGUGGACUUAUUUGUUUGCAUCGAUUAUAACCUACAUUGGCUACACUGUAUCUAGUGUUUUCCUUCUACUGCAGUUCUUUUCUUUAUCAAAAAUCAUAGUGUUUUCCAAAUCAAUAAAGCAUUCAGUACCAUUUUCGUGAUACUGCGCCAAUUCUGAGCCGGCAGGAUCACGUUUCCUGGGAAAUAAAAAGCACUGCACCCGCCCCUCAUUCAUACCUGAUUUAACUAGAGUCCAUCAAACGUACAGCUUCAACAUUUAUAUCGAGGCGAUUUUUCGAUCCAGGAUAUUUAGCAUUAACUCGUGUGUGGUGAGGAAAGUGAGCAAUACGUUAGAAUAAGCCAUUGUUUGCCCAAGAUAUUUCUUCUGAUAUGUCUACAGUACAGGACGGUGAUCCUGAGCUGCUGGUAGUUAACUUGUCUUGUCAUUGAGUUAGCUUUCAUGAAUAGAAUCUUAAACUUCUAUGCUGCCGAGAAAGACCGUGCUAUUACAGGUAAAAUUACUUUCUGCGGUGCUUGGAAUGUUCGUUUGUGUUUUAUUUAAGCCCUAUUCUUUCAGAAUGCAAACGGAAAAAUUCUAUUACAGUUUUAUGAACUAUAGAGCUUUCGAAAAACACAAAAUCGAUUCUGCACGAAUAGAAAUUCGAAUACACGAACUUACGAGGGAACCUCUUGAGGUUAUAAAUCGCUGUCGAACUCAGACUACUUUUAUCUUGUAGAUCUUAGUGAGCAGUGAAAUACCCUAAGUUAGUUUGUGCCUAUGAUGCUUUGUUGUUGAGAUACUGAAUUUUAGUCAGUUUUUGCCUAUGGAGCUUGGAUUUUGAGCAAAAUCCGACUUUCAACUUUUGAUUGCAAACUUGCCACACUUGUAGCCCAUGGUCAUAGUAGUACGACGGAAAAAUAUUCGAUUGUAAUGAAUUUUCCUGCCUUGAGAUAUUGAGACUCAAAUAUUUCACCAGAAGGUAAGGGUAAGGGUCAAAUAUUCGAGUCUCAAUAUCUCAAGGCAGGAAAAUUCAUUACAAUCGAAUAUUUUUCCGUCGUACUACUAUGACCAUGGGCUACAAGUGUGGCAAGUUUGCAAUCAAAAGUUGAAAGUCG